AUGGGCAUCAAGAUCCGCAACGACACGCAGCACGACGUCCUCGUGCUCGUCUUUACGUAUUUCACGACGCCGCUCCCGACGCUGUACUACCGCAAGACGCUGCUCAUUCCGGCCGGCGAGCGCUUUAACUGUCCGACGUGGCAGAGCGCGGUCAAGAUCUACGCGUGGGAAGCCGACAGCAGCAACGGCCGCCAAAUCAAGACGUUCCUUGAGAAGCGUUUUGGCAAGAUCACGGCGGCACGCCUUGCCUUGGCGCCGAUUGGCGGCGACCUGCUCGAAGCCGCGGGCGCGGCCGUCGAGCUUGUCGGCGAGGCCAUUUUGGACAUGCUCAUCCACUCGAUUCUCGAGGACGCGAUCGAGUUCAUCUCGGACAAGUCACGGGCCAUGAGUCAUGGCCCAUGA